AUGGCCUCCUUCAUCGAGGACCUCUGGUCUAGCAUAUUUGUUUCUGGUGUAACCCCGACCCUCCUGCUCGCGACAAAUGCUACCUUCGCUGCGCUUCAAAUCCUCCUAUUUGCUCUCCUUCUCGCAACUUUCAAUAUCCAUUUUGUGAUUCUUUCGAUUCUAUGUGGUUGUUUGUGGUUGGGAAUAAAUUGGUUUGUAAAGGAGGUGGAGCUUUCCCGAUCACAAGCGGAACCCACGAACACUGCGCGACCCCAACAAAUCCAGAAGGGGACUCCAAGUCGUCCGCCCGGGGCGAUUGACACGGAAAGCGAAACUGAAACUGAAAGCCUUGCCGAUGGAGAGCCCACAUCAACGACAGCUAUCUCCUCCUCCAGCUCAAUGGGACCACCCCCAGCCCGAAUCCCAGGGACGUCUCGCGCUCCAAAUGAAACGGAAGACAUAAGGAAACGGCGAAGCAUACAUGAUAGCUCCGGCUAUGUGAGCACGGACAGUGAAUGGGAAAAGAAAAUGCUCAACCCACAAUCAAUUGGUCACAAACGAGUUUUCGACUCUGUAUUUCCCCCGGCUCCAUUGAGCAACGUAUCUCCUACUCCCGCCUCGAGUCCAGUCCAAAGAUUUACACAAGUUGAGUCCUUUAGCAGCUCUCAACAGCAGGCAAAAACCCCACUUCGCUCAAUCGAGCCAGAAAAUGUCCCCGAGCAAGUUACGUGGGAUCGAUCGUGGCACACCACGACAACGUUUCUCUCAAUUCCAAAUGAGGGUUUUAUAAAUGAUGAAUAUGAAGAUAAUGACGAGAGGAAUGAGGAGGCAUUGUUAAGGCGAUGGGCGAAAGACCGUCCUUCCCAAGAAAUAUCUGACAGUCUGUUCUAUGUGUGGGCGGAUUCAUCUCCUGGUAAAGCCUUGCGAGAGGGAUCAAAAGACGAUGACUUGGGGGAAUGGUAUAAGGGUGAGAUGCGGAGACACUUUUUAGCAAAUUUUCGAGAUUUUCUUGUUCAGAAAUUGAGGGUUAGAAACCAACCUGAUACCCUAUUGAAAUUGGUUCAGUAUCUACGAUUAAUCCAAAGAAUCUACUUCACGCCUUUUCUUCUAUAUAUCUCUCCGUUGAUAGACUCUACAAGGCAAGGGGAAACUUUCACCCGACUGCAACGAAACUUUCAUACUAUUGUCACAUAUGCGCUCCCUGCAGCAGAUAUUUCUUUUCUGCUCUCUGAGGAGCUUGCCAGGCAGAGCUUAGUUAUUCUGGGUGUUCAUAACGAGGAAGAUGAGUCUUUCCCCGAAAAUGACAUUGCUCGCGGUGACGGCAUGGAACUUGACCAGAAUUACACCACCUCAUAUAGACUUUGGAGAAACGAGCCAUCGCCAGAACGGAGACUACAAAUGAUUACUGGGGAACAUGAGGAAGUCGUGCGAACCCGGAAUCAGUUACUGCACCUUCUAGAAGGACUCCAAGAAGUUGGACUUGGAGGCAAUAAAGCUCAAAAGAUAUUUGCUGGGGUCAUGAAUAACAUGUUGACCGAGUUCGUUACCUGUGUUUACGCGGGUCAAUGGAAAUCUCCUUCCCAUGUCAAAGAGCAUCUGCGACAGUGGACGGAAAAUGUUUUUGCCCGAUUAGUUGUACGGGUCCUGCAUAUUUUCAAAAGUAAUGAUGCUGCAGAGGUUUCUGAAGAUCGUUUAGAUGUCACACUAAACGAUGUUGAAAGGUGGCAAGAAAUGGGAAUUGCGCGACUAGGCGCCCUUCGGAUCAGUGAGCUAUUCGAUGUCAUUAUUGAGUGGGAUUCUAGCAGCGGUGCAAUCGAGGACUUAAAACACUACAUUACUAAUCCUGCAACCCGUCUAUAUCUCGUCAGUUCCUUUGUAACAAUGUUGAUGCAGCGGCUUCUUCACCCAGGCGCGUCAACCGUCGAGAUACUUCAAAUAUAUAUAUCCAUCAUCCGCGCUUUUACUCAGUUAGAUCCUCGAGGGGUGCUUCUCAAUCACGUUGCUCGCCCAAUUCGAAGAUAUCUAAGAGAUCGGGAAGACACAGUUAAAGUUAUUGUGGGCGGCCUAUUAGCUGACACAGUGGAUGCGAAUGGACAACCCAUCACGUCAAAUCCCGAUACACUCGUUGAAUUGGCAAUCGAGCUGUCAAAGGCACAUGAGCUCUUGCUUCAGGAUGAUGCUGGCGAGCUGGGCUGGGAUGACAUGAACUGGAUGCCCGAUCCAGUCGACGUUGCUGUGGACUACAAGAAGUCCAAGAACUCCGACGUCAUUGGCAACGCCUUUGUAAAAGAACUCCAGAAAGUGCUUGGAGAGCGCCUACUUAAAAAUAGUGAAAAUUAUGAUCUAGAAGUAUCCUUGCUGGAAUUGUUGAAGCUUCGAUUUGGUGACUCAGCUCUUCAAGCCUGUCAGGUCAUGCUCAAUGACGUUCAAAGCUCAGAACGAGUCGAUUCUGCCAUCCGUGCAGAGCAGAAGCUUGAAAACAAAGGAAAUCCCCCACAAUCAAUUGACAGCAUGCCGGAACUGCACGCUAAGAUUCUCUCCCGCCUUUUCUGGCCCACCCUCCAAAAUCCCCAAUUCAAAGUUCCUCCAGAGAUCGCCUCGUUGCAGGCAAAAUACUCCGCGGGAUUCGAGUCACUAAAGCAAUCUCGCAAGCUGACCUGGCUCAACGGCCUAGGACAUGUUACUGUCGAGCUCGACCUCGAAGACCGCGUAUUCACAGCCGAAGUCACUACCUGGCAAGCUGCCGUAAUAUAUGCCUUUCAAUCACCCCACUCUUCGCCUUCCCCAACCGGCCCAAUCACCCCAGUAACCAAAACCGUCCCCGAGCUCUCUCAGCAACUGGAAAUGGCCCCUUCACUCGUCCACAGCGCCUGUCUCUUCUGGGUCAGCAAACGUAUUCUUACCGAACCGCAUCCAGACACCUUCCGCGUUCUCGAAACAAUACCAGACGAAGAGGACGAAAAUGGCCCUUCCCGGACAGAUGGCGAUGCAACCAUCACUGGCCCAUCUUCAGGGACACUUCUACUCAGUGCUGCCGGUCCUCCAAAUAUAUCCUCCGCAGCUGCAGUCGCUGCGGCAGCGACAAAAGAAUCAGCGGACGCUGCAGCAAUGGCUAAGAUGGAUCUCUACUGGCAAUUCAUCGUGGGGAUGUUGACGAACCAGGGGGCGAUGCCUUUGCAGCGUAUCAUCAUGAUGCUGAAGAUAGUAGUGCCUGGUGGGUUCCCCUUCAGUAGUGAGGAGCUGAGAGCGUUUUUGAGCCAGAUGGUUUCGAAGGGAAAGUUGGAGGUUGUUAGUGGGGGCAGUUAUAAGAUCGUUGCGUAA